UGUCUGUACCAGUGACGUUUUGCACACGCUGUUAUUGUCUCCUACGAUUGGUGCAGACCUUCGUGCACGAGCUGUCCACGAGCUCAUUUGCAUAGACUUUCGCGCCACAAACUGGUCAGCAGGGUCGGAGCUAUGCAAUGCAGCGCAGUGCGACCAGAACAGGAGUCCACGCUGGACUGUUUGUUAAUGCAGGAGUCACCUCUACCUUUUCUCUCCGUUUCUUUCCUUCUUUCUGUACUCCACGGACAUCUCAGACUCCUAAUGUCCACCUCUCUGUGUUUAGCCGUGCGUCUAUGAGAACUAAACCACGGUUCAUUGGUUUCAAGGGUUCCCUACAACGUGUGUGUGUGUCUCUUCAUUUGGGAUUAUCUAUUUUUGUUCUGGCCGGACAACCUGUGCAGUUUACUAUUUUUCCCUGAAUCAGCCCUAUACAGUCCUUUCACAGUUCCAUAACCAGCACCAUUUUUUACAUGGUCCCUCUCGCCGGAUAUAGUAUUUUUGCACAGUGAAGAUGGAUAAUCCUGAUGGCAACACCCGUCCCCGUCGUGAGCAGCACCAGCCUCGCCACCUGGACGACUACUUGGUGGACCUGCCCCAGCGACGCCUGCCACAGGAUGAGUCACACACACACACUGCUGACCAGUCUGAUACGGAAGACAGCAGGCCUCGGGAGGUGACACACACACCCCCUGCUGGACAGACUCCUGUAGACAUGUCAGCAGCUAUUUAUCUUGCACUCCAAGAUAUGCGCCAGGAGAUGAAGCAGGAUAACCGGCUGGUGAGAGAGGACAACAGGCUGGUGAGAGAGGACUGCAGGCAGAUGAAGGAGGACUGCAGGCAGAUGAAGGAGGACAACCGGCUGGUGAGAGAGGACUGCAGGCAGAUGAAGGAGGACAAUCGGCAAGUGCGAGAGGACUGCAAGCAGCUACAGAGGGAAGUGCAGUUCCUGAUGGAGCAGUACCGCGUCACUCCGCCACGUUCACCUGCCAGAGACAUCCAGGUGCAGACAGUUACACCUGGAACCCACUCACCAGGUGGUAACCGCAGCGCCGAAGGAGGGACACUCUUCAUGGAGCUUCCCUUCCACCAAGCCACCUCAUCACCCCUGCAUCAGGACCACUCACACAGCCCUGCUCACCAGGCGAGCGUCACACGCCGUGCGUCGCUGCCAGAGCCACAGCUGCAAGACCAGCCACCUCUGCCUCGGCCACACGUCGCCACCACCACAGCGGCUGCAGUGACGUCCACCCCACACCAGAGGGCAGCUCCCCUACACACAUCGCCGCUCAUUGCAGAACUGACAGAGCGCGUCCGGAGCAUGCACCUGCCACGGGGUCAACAGUCCUCACCAUCCAAUGUGGCCACGCCAGGGUAUGCCAUGCCGUACAGCCCGCGGCACCCCCCAGCUGCACCGCGACCCCAGCCAUCGUCCCACGCAUCCGCAGAGGCUCCGGAGCAGUACGUGCUGCCACCACCGCCACGCCGGCUGGAGUCACUGCCCUAUCGGGAGACGACCUACCGUGGGCCCAAAAUGAAGAUUCCACUCUUCACAGAGGACGACCCACGGCAGUUCCACAGGAUGCAGCUCGCGCUCGAUAACGUCCUGCCAUACGACGCGACCGAGCGUUUCAAGUAUCAGGUGCUGCUGGACCACCUGAAGCUGGAGGAAGCUGCCCUGGUUGCUGACGCCUACUGCCACAGUAGCUCCCCCUACAGCGACACCAUGGCAGCACUCACCAAACUCUUCGGCCAGCCCCGCAAGCUGGCACUCAGGCAGAUUAAUCUGCUACUGUUGGAACCCCCAGUCAAGAGUGGUGACCAGAAAGGAUUCCGCUUCUUCGCCCUGAAGGUCCAGUCAUUGGUGGGGAUGCUGGAUAAGAUGGGCACUCAGGAGCAGCUGGAGUUACGGACUGGGUCACAUGUGUCACGACUGCUGCCCAAACUGCCCCACGAACUGCGCGCAGCUUUCAGGCGGUACAUCGAUCCUGUUCGUGUGCCUGUCCCCACGCUACGGGACUUCGCCGACUGGCUGGAGCACGAGGUCGCCGUGCAGAUGGACGACACCAUCGACCCGCCGAAAGCAGCAGCAGCAGCAGUAGCGAGCCAGCCGGAGCAGCAGCGGGGCCCCAGAGGGAAGCAGUCUGCUGCCAUACAGCCUACCACAGUCCUGCUGGUAGACCCCUCAUCCAAUACAGCUCCGCCAUCACCUCAGGGGGAUCAGCCCAAGAAGUACUGCCCCUUCUGUAACAGUCAGGAGCAUUAUUUCAAUCAGUGUUCAGCCUUCAAGAACCUGUCUCUCGAGCUCCGCUCAGAGUGGGUUAAGGCUGGAAACAAGUGUUGGAGGUGUGGACGCGGCCACCAGGCGGCCCAGUGCUACCUCAAGGCACGUUGUGGGAAGUGCGACCGCCGUCACCUGGAGAUCCUGCACGAGGUCAACAACCGCAACAAGCCAGAGACUGCUGCGCCGUCUUCAGCCAGCCAACCCGCUACCUACUACCUCGACCCAGCAAGUAGAGGUAGUAGCGUGCUGCUGAAGAUGGUGAAGGUGCACCUGUAUCACCGGGGCAAGAGGAUGGAGACCUACGCCAUCCUCGACGACGGCUCCGAACGCACCAUGCUCCUCCACCCAGCAGCACAGCAGCUCGGCUUACAGGGACCGAGUGAGGACCUGGCCCUCCGCACCAUUCGACAGGACAUUAGGACAGUGCCUGGCAUGUCAGUGUCCUUCUCUGUGUCCUCCAUCAGUCACCCACAGAGGCAGUACAAGAUUCAGCGGGCCUUCACAUCACCCGAGCUUGGACUGUCUCCCCACUCACACCCAGUUGAGGCUCUGAAAAAGACCUACCGCCAUCUCAGAGGUCUGCCUCUCAAUUCAUUGACCCAAGUCCAGCCGCUUCUCCUCAUCGGUUCGGACUACCCAGACCUCCUCAUGCCCAUCCAGCCAGUGCACGUAGGCCCUCCUGGCUGUCCUGUGGCCCUGCAGACACGACUCGGAUGGACACUUCAAGGUCCUGCCAAGGCCAUGAAGCACCACUCCUCCACUUCCUCCAGCCUGUGCACUGGAGCACAGGCACCUGCUAGCCACCAGCAGUCUGCCAAUCACCUGCACAGCAACUCCGGCAGGCUGGCCCAGGCAGCAGCCAACAGACAUCAGGCAGUCAGUUCUGCCAGCAGUCCAGCUGACAGCCCCAACUGGCGCCUCCCUCUGCGACAGCUUCACCCGUCAUCAUCAGCUCCGGUUGUGCAUGAGGUCAGGAAGGGGCCACAGCGCACACCCAUCAGAGCCCGUCAUGGGGCGGCCGGCGGCCGUGCCGCCACACAGCGUCAUUCGUCUUGCCUUCACCCCAAGUCAGCAGUCCCACAUAGCCGUGUGGAAGGGAAGCAGCAUCAGCAGCAUCACUCCACUCCAGCAUCAGAGCCUCAUCGACCCAGUCACCGUGGGCAGAUGGGGCGGCCCAGACACCGGACUCAUCACCCACCAACAGCAGCCAUGCCAGGAGCUGUUGACCGUGGACCUACACCGGCCCAGUCUCACGCCUGGUGAGACUUCCAGCACUUCCUGAGGACGCUUCUGCCUGACGCCUGACAUUCAUGGACACAACUUUGUGCCAAAGUUGGGGGCGGCUGUUCAGAAUUCUGGCGUCAGGGUGUCUGAGUCUGUGUCUGUGUCUGUGUCUGUACCAGUGACGUUUUGCACACGCUGUUAUUGUCUCCUACGAUUGGUGCAGACCUUCGUGCACGAGCUGUCCACGAGCUCAUUUGCAUAGACUUUCGCGCCACAAACUGGUCAGCAGGGUCGGAGCUAUGCAAUGCAGCGCAGUGCGACCAGAACAGGAGUCCACGCUGGACUGUUUGUUAAUGCAGGAGUCACCUCUACCUUUUCUCUCCGUUUCUUUCCUUCUUUCUGUACUCCACGGACAUCUCAGACUCCUAAUGUCCACCUCUCUGUGUUUAGCCGUGCGUCUAUGAGAACGUAAGUUGCUAUUACUGUGUUGUUACUGUAUUGUUUGUGUAUUACUCGCGGUUGUUUGUUAUAUUGCAACAUCGCGGCGGCAGCGCGAGUAUGUCCGUGUUUCACUGUUUGUCUGUUAGAUUUGUAAUAGCACUUAUUGUUCCUCUAUGCCGCGGUUUUGUCAGAAUGUCGCUGAUUUGUUGAGCAAUGUGUUACUUUGGCAGAGUAGCGUUACACAUGUCAGUGUUUCAUUCAAGAGCUGCGUGACCUGUUCUCCUCUGUGCGUGUA